AGCGACUCCGAAGAUGAACCGCCGAAGAAAACAGUCGCAGUUGCUAAGCCAGCAGUGAAAGCAGCAGUAGUGUCGAAAAAGGCGUCUAGUUCCUCAGAGUCAGAGAGUGAUUCCGAAGAUGAGGUGCCGAAGAAGACAGCCGCCGUGGCUAAGCCGGCGGUCAAGGUAGCAGUGGUGUCUAAGAGUGCGUCUAGUUCCUCAGAGUCAGAGACUGAUUCUGAAGUUGAGCCUCCGAAGAAGACAGUGGCUGUUGCUAGGCCAGCAGUGAAAGUGGCAGUAGUGUCGAAGAGGAUGUCUAGUUCCUCCGAGUCGGAGAGUGAUUCAGAAGAUGAGCCGCCGCAGAAGAAACUCAGAGCAGCUUCAAUGGGCUCUUGGAAAGGCGAUCAAUUUUCAGCCAAAAAGCAGACCGCAACUGCACCGCGCCCAAGCCUUGGAGGUGAUGACCGGUCGGAUGCCAAUGUAACUCGGCGGAAGCGCAAGGCCUCACACAACGAUACCCAAGAGUCAGAGGAGUCUGCACCCCGGGGUAAAAAAUCCCUCGGCACUGUUGGUAGUCUAAACGGGAAGCCUAAGAAGCCAAAACUGAACGCUUCCGGUGAUACGGAUUCUCUCUUCAACGUCUCUUCCCUCCCCGACGCUGCAUCCACUCCCGCCCAGGGCGCUGCCCCGAAAAAGCACCCACGACAUUCCAUGCCGGCUAUGAGCAACGGUGUAAAAAAUCCUGGCGAGGUAAAUCCUCCCGGAUCAGCACCUCGACAGCCUUUCCGGCGAGUCCCUGACGACUGCGUGACGCUGGAUCCUCGCCGAGCUGACAAUUCAUUCCUUGCCAAGGCUAAGGGUUGGAUUCCGUCGUCUCUGCAAUUGGCGGGUGCGCGUGGAAGCUUUGGAGAGAAGGCUGACCAGACGCUGAGAUACACACGAGGCAAGGACUUUCGCCAUGAAAAGACUAAGAAGAAACGUGGUACCUACUCCGGCGGUGCCAUCACAACGGACGUGUACUCCUUCAAGUUUGACGAAUAG